AUGGACCCUCGGCUUCAACAAGCAAUAGAAAAUGAUGAUGUUGAUGAGCUAUAUCGCUUGAUUGAGGAGGAGGGAAAUAUCUUCGAUUGUGCAUAUGAGAAACCCUUCGCAAAUACUCCACUACACGACGCUGUGGACAAGGGGAAGACUCAAGUGGCCAUGGAGAUGGCCAUCUUGAAGCCAUCGUUCGCUCGAAAGCUCAAUCGAGGGGGUCAAAGCCCUAUGCACUUGGCUUUGCGAAAGAAGCAUUAUCACACCGCGAGGGCACUGAUGACGCUCGACCCCGAGUUGAUCAGAGUCCGAGGACGAGGCGGGAUCACCCCUUUGCAUUAUGUUGCUGGAGAAAAAGGAGACAAUGAGGACCUGGAGCUCCUAGCUGAAUUCUUAUGCGCUUGCAAACCAUCCAUCGAAGACUUGACGAGCCGCUGCGAGACUGUGGUUCACAUUGCCGUCAAGAAACGCAACUUGAAAACAUUCAAGGUUUUGUUUGGAUGGCUUAAGCGAGUUCAUUUGACAGAAAUCUUGAAUUGGAAAGACGAAGAUGGUAACACCGCCUUACAUAUUGCCGUGUCUGAAAAGCAGCCCGAGAUCAUCAAGCUGUUGAUUGGGUAUGUCAAAGUAAAUGCAAAGAACUUCCAGGAUAAGACGGCUCUGGAUAUCUUCCAAAAGAAUCCUAGUGGCGAUCAAGAUCUUGCGCAGAGGUUACGCCGUGUAGGAUGUGUAGCAAGACUCUUUACCCUCAACCUCUCUCUGUCACAGUUUUUAAGCAUGGAACUAACUAUCUAUGAGAAGCUCACAUUUUGGUUUGGCCCCCGAGAUGAAUCUGCUUGCAACAUAAUCCUCGUAGUGGCUGCCUUGAUUGCGACCGCGACUUAUCAAGCCGUUGUCACUUCACCGAGAGGAUCCUGGCUGGAUAACUCUUCAAAUCCCCUAACCAGUUCUAGCGGCAAUGCUGUUGAAGUACUGCAUCAAGCCGGAGACAUUAUCCCGAACAGCUCGAGACCAUACCAGUUCACGGCCCUCAACGGUACGAUUUUUUUGGCCUCUGUCACCACAAUCUGGAUCACCGCUAUUCCCCUAUUGCCCCACAGUUUCAUGGUUUACGCGUUGAUGAUGAUUCUCAGUGUUGCCUACUUUGCUACCACUACUAUCGAACUCCCAAUAUUCGAUGAGGCCACAGGACACAACAUGGUGAUAUUUUGUAUCGAUAUACUGAUUGUCGUGUUGGCGAUCCCCAUGUAUUUGUAUUUAUACUACAACCAAUUCCUGUGUGGAAUCGAUGCCACAAGGAGACGCAUCGGCAACUUCCUAGAACUCAAGGAUCGGAAAUAG